UUUUUAGUCCGUCCAUUUCACAAACCCUCAUCCUCAAAGCCACAGAGGAAUAAGAUAACACAAACCCAAAUCUCUUUUACCUUCUCUUCUUCAUUUUCCAAAGCCAAAGGCCAAAACCCUCCUUUCCUCUCCUCUCCUCUACAAGGAAAUGGCAAUUUCAUCAACAGCAGCAGCCACUGCCGCUUCUUCUAAGCUUAGAUACCCACACGCCUCCCCUUUCCCAACUCACUCCUCAACCACCACCUCUGCCUUUUUCUCCUCAAUUCCCUCUAAACUAACCCCUACCCACCUCUCCUCUUCCUUCCUCCCUCCUUUCCUCACUACCGUCGCCACCACUUCCGUAUUCCCUCGCCGUCGCGGUUCUUUCACCGUCAAAGCUGCCCGUGGCAAAUUCGAACGCAAAAAGCCCCACGUCAACAUCGGCACCAUCGGCCAUGUCGACCACGGCAAAACCACCUUAACUGCCGCUCUAACUAUGGCCUUAGCCUCCAUGGGUAACAGUGCCCCAAAAAAGUACGACGAAAUUGAUGCCGCCCCUGAAGAGCGUGCCCGUGGUAUCACCAUUAACACCGCCACCGUUGAAUACGAAACCGAGAAUCGCCAUUACGCCCACGUCGACUGCCCAGGGCACGCUGAUUAUGUCAAAAACAUGAUUACCGGAGCUGCCCAAAUGGACGGUGCUAUCUUGGUUGUUUCCGGAGCCGACGGACCCAUGCCCCAGACUAAAGAACAUAUCUUGUUGGCUAAACAGGUCGGUGUCCCUAACGUGGUUGUGUUUUUGAACAAACAAGACCAGGUAGAUGAUGAAGAGCUUUUGCAAUUAGUCGAAUUGGAGGUGCGUGAAUUGCUUUCUAGUUACGAAUUUCCCGGUGAUGAUGUCCCUAUUAUUUCUGGCUCCGCACUUUUAGCUUUAGAAGCUUUGAUGGCUAAGCCCAGUAUUCCUAGGGGUGAAAACCAAUGGGUGGAUAAGAUUUAUGAACUUAUGGAUGCUGUUGAUAGUUACAUUCCUGUUCCUCAAAGACAAACAGAUUUGCCUUUCUUGUUAGCUGUUGAGGAUGUGUUUUCCAUCACGGGUCGUGGUACUGUUGCCACUGGUCGUAUCGAGAGAGGUACUGUUAAGGUUGGAGAGACUGUUGACAUUGUUGGAUUGAAGGAUACAAGGAACGUCACAGUUACUGGUGUGGAAAUGUUUCAAAAGACAUUAGAUGACGCCAUGGCUGGUGAUAAUGUUGGGUUGUUACUUAGAGGUGUUCAAAAGGCCGAUAUUCAGAGAGGGAUGGUUUUGGCUAAACCAGGGACAAUCACUCCCCAUACCAAGUUCAGCGCCAUUGUCUAUGUGUUGAAGAAGGAAGAGGGUGGCAGACAUUCUCCCUUCUUCGCAGGUUAUAGGCCUCAGUUCUACAUGAGGACCACUGAUGUCACUGGAAGGGUGGCUUCCAUUAUGAAUGAUAAGGAUGAGGAGUCUAAGAUGGUUAUGCCUGGUGACCGUGUAAAGAUGGUAGUUGAGCUUAUCAUGCCUGUGGCUUGUGAGCAAGGGAUGCGGUUUGCUAUCAGAGAAGGAGGGAAGACGGUUGGAGCCGGGGUUAUUCAGUCUAUUAUUGAGUGAUCUUAGGAUACUUUGGCGUUGCAGGAUAUGUUAUUUGCUGUUGCAGUGAUGUCAAAGAACCUUCAUAUGCGAAAUGUCAAGGUCAUGCAAUUAGUUUCGUCACCAUUUAUAGAUCCUCUUUGAUUCCAAUGUCAUAUUUUGGAGUUUUGUAUUUCUUUUGCUUCAGACUCAUGUCUAAUCUAGUUGGAUUGGUAAUAUUCAUGUCACAAUUCGAUAUGAUUUUAUUUC